AGCGGUCCACCAUCCUCUCGCAUUAAUUCGCCAGACGUGUCACCCCACCAUUGGAAUCGAGCCCGUCGAUGGUCUAGCCUCGAAGUGAUUCUUUCUUUACUCUUCUCCUUUACCUUGUGUUGCUCUUUUUCCUUUUCCAAACGGCAGAGACAGUUCGAGCCAAGGCAAGGGGGACCAGGUGGAAUACCAGGCAGGAAGGGUGGUUGACAAGGGCUGCUGCUCUCUCGCUCUCGGCACGGCGCUAUUCACGUCGAUAUUAUUCUUUUUAGGGAGGCGGCGGCGAGGACGGGAAUUCAGGAUUCUCGCCAUCUCUCUCAUACCUACCUACCUACUGCGCAUAUUCCUCCCCUGCCGCGCAUACUUAUAAGCCCGAGUCUUGAGACCUGUCACCUGCUUGGGCAACUUGAGCUGCGCAAGACGGAAAGACCGAACCCAACAUUAAACCGACCAUCCUCGUUGACACCAUGUGCAUCGUGCUUAUAACAACGGCACACCCCAAGUAUGCACUUAUCGCUAUCGACAACCGAGAUGAAUUUAUACUUCGGCCCACUAGCCGACCGCACUGGUGGAUCCACGAGCCGUCGGGCCAGGAGAUCCUGUCGGCGCGAGAUCUGUACCGCCGCGAGCGCGGCACCUGGCUUGGGAUCAGCAAGAGCGGACGCUUUGCCGUCCUGACAAACUACCGCGAGUCGAGCGAGGAUGAUCCCGACCACGCCAUCGCCGGCGUGAGGAGCCGCGGCACCAUGGUGACGGCGUGGCUGGGAGCGCCAGCCGAGGCCAGCCUAGACGAUUUCGUCAACUCCAUGCUGGAAGGCCGCGCCGCCAAGGGCGUUGGAGGGUUCUCGCUACUCUGCGGCGAUCUCAAGGAGAAAACGGAGGAAGGUAUCAAACCGCUAGCCAUCAUCUCUAACCGGUGGGACCACGUCGGCGAGGUACCGUGGAUCGGCAAGGAGCGGGGACAGACGUACGGCCUCAGCAACGCCGUCUACGCCGUGCCCGAAACGUGGGAGAAGAUUACUAUCGGGAAGAAGCUUAUGGAGGAGGCGAUCCGGGACGCGGCCGAGAAAGACCUGAGCGAAGAGGAGCUGAUCGGCAGGCUCUUCGCCGUCCUCGACCACGAUACCCUUCCCACGGAGCCCAAGAUGAGCUUCCAGGAAAAUAUGGACGCCCUCCGACGGUCCGUGUUUAUCCGCAGCUUUGCCGAAGAUCAGGGGUGGAAGGACAUGGCGGAUGCGGCGGACGAGGGCAGGCGGAGGGGGGCAUUCGAAGAGGUCCAGGGCCACACCCUGCACGAGGACUACGAGGAUCCCCACGGGUUCUUUAUGAAGGGCGCCUACGGUACCCAGAGGCAAACGGUCAUCCUCCUGGACUGGGAAGGCAACAUCACGUAUACGGAGCGGGCGUUAUGGGACGCUCACGGAAACCCGAUCGAGAGGGGGAAGGGGGACGAGACGUUCAGGUUUAAGAUAGAAGGUUAGCGAAGUGAUGGGGACGGACUCGGAUUCUGGCCAACCCAUAGAGUACCCACAGGUCUCCCAAGAGGCGUGCCAUCGGCCGACACCUACCUACCCAGGCGGCCGUCGGCCUUAUACAUAAACUCCUGGAUAACAUACUUUAUAUACCACCGCUUAGCCAAUAUAAUAAAGCUGCUCGGAUUGCCGAACCCGCACUAGACCUGGAAGUUG